UUGAUGUUCUCUCUAGUGACCAUAAGAUCUCCUUUGGUGAAUCUAUCAAAUUCUGUCGAAAAAAUUUCUGAACUCUGUGAGAACAUGAUGAGUGUUGCGCAAAAUGACAAGAAUGACUUUGUGAGAACAUCAGUCGUUUCCUCAAUGGAAUACAAUUUACAAGAAAUGAGAUCCUUUGGCAACAGUUUGGUCCGCGUGCUUGACUAUGCGCUUGAUGUUUCAGAGAGUGUCGCAUACUUCCAUGAUUCUGUUGAUCUGUCUAUUUUUGCUGAGGCAAAAUCUGGGGUUACGACUAUGUUGAGUUCCUUGCCCGAAAAGGGUUCCCGGAUAUAUACAGAGAAUGAAGCUCAACUUGUUUUGAAAUUCAGAGAGUUUCUUGAUAACUUGUUGGAGAAGUUGAGAUUGUGGGCUGAUAUGAAUGUCAGAAAUGCUUUCAUCGCUGAAGUGGUCAUAAACUGUAUCGGCAAUCUCAGCUUCAAGCCGUUCUUAAACUCAUCGACUUCGUUGACUCACUUAGCAGUUGUCGAAGACCUUGAGUUAGAAUUGAGAUCACUUUCUACAUUGAUUUUGCUCUCAGUUCAGAAGAUUCUUGAACUUUAUCAAGAAGAAAUUAGAGACGAAGAAGAUGGUUGGUUGACAAUGUCGCAGCACAGGUUGAUGAAAUCCAUUAAGCUUUUGCAUCAAGGAAGAAUCGAAAAGUCUCUUGAAAACUGCAUCAAACUAGUGCACAAAAUUGAACACAACAGUCAUACUUCUGCCCUCACUUCUGCUUUGGUAUCCUUCACGAGGCCCUUGAUUGUCCAAUACAAUAAUCUUUCCGUCUCAAUAUUGUCGAAAACCAAGCAAAAUUAUAUUGAGAUGACAAAGUCGACGUUUGUGCUUUUGAAGUCCUUGCACACGUUGGCUACAGAUGGUUUCUGCUCCCCAGAACCACCAAGCGAGCAAAAGAAAGAUGAUAACUUG